GGCAUCCGUCACUGUUGCCCAUUGCUGAUAUAGCAUCUCCAUAUGGCUGCUCAGGACGUGUGGAGGAAGGCCCUGGGCUUCACCGACAGGCUCGCGACUAUCCAGUCUCUGACCACUGCCUAUCAACGUGCAUCUUCUUCUGCAGCGUUUGCGGAAGCGCAGUCUCAGGCAAAGAGAUUCGAGAGUGAGGCCUAUGGCAAAGCCCAGUCGAAAGAAGAAUAUGAGCGGAUGUGUCAACAAGCCAUCGAUGACGCAGAAGCGACAAGAUCUGUAGCUCCAGUGAUAAGCAGCCCCGACCAGUUCCGCGAUGACUCGAUGGAGGACCGGAACUCUGUUGGAGAGACAAUCGGCAAGUACAAGAACUGCAUCCCUCACGUAGACGGUCUACAUUCUGCGAUAUUCAAAUCACGUCGCGAGGACGGAACUCUAGUUGCAGUGAAGGUGACUGUACCCCAUCUCAUGGGUGCCCCUCAUGAUUCGAAACGGGAAGUUAAACUCUUGCAAGAAGUUGCCAGUCCGCAUGUGAUCUCUUUGUUGGAGGCCUUCAACUUGGCUGGAGGACGACUGGUUUUGAUCUUCCCCUUUGUACGGCAUGACCUGGAGUUCUUGCUCCAUCAGGAUAUGGUGACUGCAUCACAGGUAAGGUUCCAUUUACGGGACAUGUUCAGCGCGUUGACAUACGUCCACACACUGGGAAUCAUCCACCGGGACGUGAAGCCGUCGAACAUUCUGUUAGACUCUCCAGCAGGGCCCGCUUACCUGGCAGAUUUCGGUAUUGCAUGGAAAGAAGGGUCCGAAGGGUCAGAGCCAGCGGACCAGAAGAUAUUAGAUGUCGGUACGACCUGCUACCGUCCACCGGAGAUACUAUUUGGGCACAAAGGGUACGGGGUAGCCCUUGAUCUCUGGGCAGCCGGGUGCGUUGUUGCCGAAGCAGUGUCCGUAGAUCACAAGCAGCUCUUCGACUCUGGGCCAGUGGGAAGUGACCUAUCGCUCAUUCAAUCUAUAUUCACGACCCUGGGAACUCCCAAUGAAGAUACAUGGCCAGAGACUACAAGGCUUCCCGAUUGGGGGAAGAUCGAGUUCAAGAAAUACCCUGCCAGGCCGUGGGAAGAUAUUCUCAAGGGUGCUUCUUCCAACGGGCGAGACCUGGUGAGCAAAUUGGUUGUCUAUGAGAGCAGUGCGCGGAUAUCGGCCGCUGAGGUAUGUAACUAGGCAGCGUCCUUCCGCAGCCCCUUCUCUAACGAUCCACAGGCUCUGAGGCAUCCAUAUUUCUGUACACCUUAAAUUAACACUGUUUGAACUUUGAAGUACUGCAUUCUGGUACGAUAUGAGCGUUUGUUAUAGUUUAGAGACAGUGUGACACUAACAAUCCAGAUACUCUUCUCUCUAAUUAAUAUGGUGUCAACGAUACAUGAUGGCCGAACGUUUAAUACAGAUUACAAGGCACAAAAAUAAUAAUGUCAACAACAACAUAAACAAAGGGAUAGCCAACGGCCGGACGACGGUGGACAAUUUCUUCCGUGUAUGCACGGGCAGGUUAAACUCUACGGUUCCCGGAGGAAAUAAGGUGCUACCGGAAUUAGCAUGCCAGCACCAAUGAGAUCUGCGAGAUUGACACGAGAAACUAUUGCACACUGGAUACAUGUGAAGUCACAAAUGGCAAUGCAGGGCAAUCAAUUUUUAGCUCGUGUCAAACAGAUGAAUGUGGUGCCUUCCAAGACGCUAGGAAAAACCGGAGGUGGCUCUGCAGCCCCUCCAAGCCGUGGAUGCUUGGUAAUUUCAGUCCAGGACGGUUACAGUGUGAUCAACUGGUCACUCGCUCCAUGUGGCUGCUCAAAAUGUAACCCGUUGCUAUUAAACCGGCAUACUGCUGAAGACUGUGUACUGUACAGCGUAG